GUAUCCACUCGUCAAUGGAACUGCCCCCCCCCCCCGGGUUUAAACUGUUCCUUCAUCCGCCAUAUCUGGCCCCUCAAAAUAUUUUGCUCAUUGCGCUAAUGUAAUGGUUAUAAUUUUGAAAUGUUUAUUUGGCUUUUCCUUGUCAGGCGAUGCUGGUUACCGGCUUCGUUACAAGUUCCCUGACCUCCAUCGAACGUCGCUUCCAGCUACGUAGUCGAGAUCUGGGAAUCAUAAUCAGUAGUUUCGACGUAACUAGCAUCAUCCUCGUCCUCUUCGUCACUUUUGUUGGUGGUCGUGGCAACAAGCCGCGCUGGCUUGGGACUGGAUGUAUCAUCAUCGGCGCCGGUGCGCUCAUCUACGCCCUCCCGCACGUCACCACGGGAAACUACCGUUACACGACAUCGAGGGUGUCGCCGACAUGCGGAGUGGAUGCCGAAGCCGCGGCUGCCGCCGGUGGCGACGUCACGAUGUCGUGUGAUGAUGUCAUGGAUGAGAGGCCGUCGAGUUUAGCGCAGUAUAUGUACGUUUUCAUGGCUGGACAAACGUUAAUGGCCAUUGGAUCGCUUCCGCUGAAUACCUUGGGAGUUUCUAUGCUGGAUGAAAGUGUGUGCUUGGAACAGACAGGAUUGUACAUGGGUAUAUUUUUGGCUGUGGCAUCUUUGGGACCUGCAGCUGGCUACAUGUUGAUGGGUGUCUUUCUAAAUAUAUUCACCAAUUUUUCAAAUCCGUUCAGUACUGAUAUUAGCACAUCGGAUCCCGGCUGGGUGGGUGCUUGGUGGAUAGGCUUCAUCAUAGCCGCAGUUCCAGCUUUCCUUUUCGGGAUUCCGCUUAGCUUGUUCCCACGAGAAUUACCAGAUACUGCCAGAAUAAGAGCGGGUAAAGAAAGUCAAGUUCAUGCACGAGGAGGGGCUCAUGAGACAGAACGACCAGGCUUUGGUUCAAGACCAACUGAUUUCAUCAUCUCACUCAAAUACCUUGCUGUCAAUCCGACAGUAAUGUGUACUAUCUUAGGCAUCUGUGCAGAUACCAUGCUUGUUUCAGGUUGUGCAGCCUUCAUGCCCAAGUUUACACAGAAUCAGUUUCGUCAGACAGCAAGUGCAGCAAAUUUUCUAAUUGGUAUCGCAAUGCUUCCGGGUUUAUCCGGGGGCGUUCUCCUUGGUGGUAUUCUGACCAAGAAAUUCAACUUGAAGGUCCGUGGUAUGCUGACGUUUGCUAUCGUUUCUGGCUUGGUGACCAUUGUGCUACUAGGGACCGUGCUCUUGCGUUGCCCCCAGCUGCCGGUAAUAGGUGUAACGGCCUCCUACGAUGGACACAAUCUGAUGGAGUAUCAUCAAGAUAAACGUCUCGAUGAUGAAUGCAACUUGGGUUGUACUUGUAAUACCGAGCAGUACAAUCCAGUAUGCGUUGAAGGUGGCAUUGCCGAGUAUUUUGACCCAUGCUAUGCUGGAUGUAAAGUGGAUUAUGGGAAUGGGACAUAUGGUGAUUGCGAAUGCUUGAGGAAUUUCAUCUCGGCUAACCUGACUGCAUCGACCCAGGUCCAACACGGCCCGUGUGAAUCGGACUGCUUCCUCCUGCCCAUCUUUGUUGCUGGUGCUGCAUUCUUAUUGUUCUUCCAUUUUCUACCAGGAGUAGCACUGGUCAAUACUCUACUCAGAUGUGUUCCAGAUUCUCAGAGGCCAAUGGCUCUAGGAGUCAACUCUAUUUUGAACAAACUAUUAGGUGCUACCCCAGGCCCCAUUCUAGUUGGAGUCAUGAUGGAUGGAGCUUGCCUGCAAUGGCAGCAGACCUGUAGCAGUGAAGGAAGCACAGAGGGUGCUUGUUGGAUAUACAACGACGAGAACCUGUCCUGGCGGAUGUUCGGUCUUGGUCUCAUCAUGAAAGUAACGGCUGUGGCCCUCUUUAGCCUCGCCCUUUUUUUCUACCGUCCCGCUACACCCGGCAACGGUGGCACCAUGGAUGAGGCCAAUGAAGCGGUUGCAACGGCAUCGGAAAGCACAAUACGGGUUCCUGAAGCUGGCAUGGGUCGAGCUUCACCAGACCUGGCCGUGCAGCAGGAUGAAAUUGUUCCACUCGAUGGAAUACAGUUGUACAAAUGCGGUUUAGCCCGAGAGGAAGACUCCAGGUAGUAGUUAAUUCACAUAUUUUCCACAAGCACGUAUUCCUGACCCAUUUGUAAUUAGUGAGCAUCAUUGGCGGCGGAAGCCAAAAAUUUUAGGGGGGGACCAAAAAAAUUUUUUGACAAGCAAAAAAAAAAAAAAGGUUAUCAACAAAAAAUUUUAGGGGGGACGCAAGAAAUAAAAUUGACAAGC